AUGGUCAAGUACACCGUCGCCAAGGCGCAUGCUGCCGAUCCCGCUCACUUUGCUCGCACAUCGCCCAUCGAGAGCUACUGCACUUCCGUCGACCUCACCGCCCUGAACAAGGUCAUCGACGGCAAGCAUGCGCUGUUCGCCAUCCAGAAGGCCGUCGGCGAGCUUUACAGGAUCCGGAAAGAUGCGCGCGAGCUGAGAGAGACAGUGCAGCGAGACGCUCCCCGUCUCCCGGCCGGUCAGGCCGACCUCGUCGAGCAGGCUUGCGACCAGAUCCUGUCGUACCUCGAACACAAUGCGCCUCGGGCCUUCAAUGUGCUCGAGCCGAGCAGUGCGCGCGCUCUCGGUCGGCACCGUCAGCGCGAGGGCAAGUACAGGCGCGACCUCAUCUACUCUCGGAUCCAGUACUAG